AUGGAUAAUUCUUUUGAUUUUGAGAUGUCCUCUUGCAAAAAGGUGUUUGCUUCUUUGAAUCCCAACCAAUAUAAGGCACUAACUACAUCUCCAUCCAAUGUGCUUCAGAUAUUGGCUGGUCCUGGUACAGGCAAGACAAGAGUUAUAACGGCUAGGGUUGCAUAUCUUCUAUGUGAGAAGAAAAUCCCGCCACAAAAUAUAAUCGUGACAACCUUUACAAAAAAAGCGGCAAACGAAAUGAAAGACCGAUUAGCCAAACUAAUUGACACAGUAAGCGUGCCAGUUGACUUGAAAAAGCUUGUAAUCGGAACAUUUCACUCGAUCUGCGUUCGCAUUCUUAGGAUUUUUGGCAAGCUUAUAGACUUGAAUGUCAAGUUCAGCAUUGCAGAUGACACUGACUCGAAGCAAUUGAUAAAGCGUGUCCUUGAGACUAAAUUUAACAGAGGAAAGCCAUCUGGAGCUAAUGAUAUCAAGGUUAAGACUACAGACAUCCAGGAAUACAAAUACUUCAUUUCGGCAUGCAAAUCAAAGGCCCAAUUUCCCAAUGAAGUUCCUCCCAAGGUGUCUGAUCACGCUUUUGAGGACCAUCUUGAGGUCUAUCAUAAAUAUCAGCAAUCGCUAAUCAACAAUAAUCUCAUUGAUUUUGAUGACUGCCUUUUGCUGACAUACAAACUUCUGAAAGAGCACCCCAAAUGCUUGAGGAACAUUGAACACGUUCUAGUUGAUGAGUUCCAGGAUACAAACUUGGUACAGCUAGAGUUAAUGUACCUUUUUGCGUUAAACAGUAACCACAAAGUUACAGUGGUUGGAGACCCAGAUCAAAGUAUAUAUGGAUUUCGACAUGCAGAAGCCAACAACUUUUAUAGAAUGGAAGAUCAUUACAAGAAACUUGGACUAAACGUGGUAAAAGUUCAGUUGGACCAGAAUUAUAGAUCGACAUCUAAUAUUCUUCGAUUUGCAGAAACUCUGAUGAGAACUAAGCAGACAGCUGCAAGACCCGAAAAAGACCUCAAAUCAAACACCCAAGAGAACACGCCUGUUUACUUCGAUCAGUACCCUACUAAUAAGGACGAGGCAAUGCACAUAGCAAAUGAUAUCAAGAAUUUGACUAAGAACAAGUACAAAUACUCAGAUAUUGCGGUGAUCAUAAGGUCCUCCUUCCUCUCACGUGCGCUCGAGCAAGAAAUGAUACAUUUCAGUAUUCCAUACAUAAUUAUGCAUGGAAAAUCUUUUUGGGAGCGGAAAGAAAUUAAAGUGAUGGUUGAUUUCCUUCGUUCUGUUGCCUCUAACAGUGAUUGGCUUGGAUUUAGUCGUACUUUGGAGUUUUGUACUCCGGGAAUGGGUGCAAUGUCUUUGGAGAGAAUUGAAAAUGAAUUUGAAGCACAGAGGAAAGAUGGCCACAAAGGAAAUGUGUAUCAUAUUCUCAAAGAGAUUGUAAAGGGGAAAAGAAAACGUUUCAGCAGUAAAGUGAAGGAAGGUAUUGAACGUUACAUGAAAACAAUUCAUGGUGCUCGUAAAUUCCUUAAAAAUGAAUCCCUAACGAACGAACAAAAGUUAGAUCAUAUGUUUGAUUAUAUCGUGGAGCAGCAGAAUCUGGUUGAUUUAGUGUCUCAGAAAAAAACGUCUAGUUCGCAAUCACCCGAUGAAAUUAAGCAGGAUGUGAAGGAGAACUUGGAUGAAUUGAGAAAUCAACUUCUCUCGUUUGAUCCACCAGAUACGGAGGUUUUAAAUCCGGUAUCUGAUGAGGAAGAAGGCACAGCCUUGCUUACAUCUGUUGAGACACACUCUGUUAAUAAGGGAGAAUUAAAUCCAGUUAAACUUCUUACCGCAUUUCUAGAUUCAAUUUACCUCUACGAAGAAUCGCACUACAACCAGAGCAAAACUGUGGAAGAGGAGCAGGGGAGAGUUGUAGUUACUACUAUUCAUGGAUCAAAGGGAUUGGAAUGGCCAAUUGUAUUUGUUCCUGGAUUAUGUGACGGCAUUUUACCUUCGAAAUACGUUUUGCAGGAAGAGAAUCCAUCAAAAAGAAAGAGUGCAAUGGAUGAAGAGUGCAGAUGCUUAUAUGUGGCUGUAACCAGGGCCAAAGAAAGACUUCAUUUAAGUUGCUUUGCUGAGAAUGAUGGAUUUGGCUUCGGCGGUAAUGAAAUUAAGCCAGUUUCCCAAUUACUGAAAGGGAAGCCAUUAAAGAUGGCAAAGAGAAGAAAACACGAAGAACAACUCAAUAAAUCAAGCAGGAGAACAGGAUUCUUCCAGUUCAACAAAUUAGAUCGAUCAAAGUACAGAUCAAGAAAUGCUAAAGAAGCUAUGCAUUAUGACAGUAUGUUUAGCCAUAUACCAAAGGCGGCACCAAUUGGAUUUAAGACUGCGAAGGAUAUGCUGAAGGAUUCAGCAAGAGAUAACGGCAGCCAGAAGGAGAAUCCAUACAAGAAGAGAAAAAAAACGAAAAAGCAUUUGGGAAUGGGGAGAGGACCUAUGAAGCCCUUCAAAUUAAAUUAG